AUGAACAGUGGCUUGACACGUGUCUCAUUUAAAUUUAAUACUAUUUGUAAUUCUACUCUUCCAUCAUUCAUAUUCUGUGGGUGCAAAAGUCUUUCAAGUAUUGAAAUCCCACAUAACACUAUCACUAUUGAAACAUCAUCUUUGAGUGGAACAUCUAUCACCAGUGUCAUCAUCCCGGACAGUGUGACUCGUCUUGGUGAUCAAUGCUUCAAAGACUGCAUUUCUCCCCGUUCGAUCACAAUCAACAACGGCCGUUCUCUUUCUCGUAUUGGCUAUGGCUGUUUUGAAGGAUGCACUAGCUUCUCAUCUGUUUCAUCAUUCUCAUCGACAAACUUUGUCAGCGAGAGUGGUGCAAUCUACAGCAGUGACAAACGCCGCAUGCAUAUCUAUCCACCUGCAUCUAAACGAUCAUACUUCUAUCUUCUUGAAGGUGUCACGAGUGUUGAAGACAGUGCAUUCAUGGGCUGCAUCAAUCUUCGUAGUGUUCUUCUUCCAGAAUUCAGUCUGAUUCAUAUUGGUCGAAGCUCAUUCCAAGGAUGUUCUAAUCUUCGCCAAAUCACUAUUCCAUCCAGUGUCACCUCUGUUGACACAGAUGCGUUCAAAGACUGCCCUCUUCUUGUUUGUGGUGUUCUUAUCCAGAACGACAAGAACAAAACAUUCGUUGAUAUUCUUCGGAACAGUGGUCUUUCUAUUGGUUCAACAUCAUUCUGCAGUGGUUUCUCAUGCAAAGCUAACCUUUAUCUUACAAACAAAGUUCCUCUUUCAUCCAUUUCUGUUUUUAUUUUAAUGUAA